AUGAAAUAAAUAUUCACAAGCCUUUUAUUAUCUUCUUACUUUUUACUUCAAUUAGUAAAAUCAUGUGAUGAAAUAAUAUAAUGUGAACCUAAUGACCAUGAAUGCUUGGUUUAGUUGAGCUUAUUUUAAACAUGUGUCUCCUCAAGAUGUGACUCGUACAAUAUUGAAUCUUAAAAUGCCUAGGAAUUAAGUAAAUGUUAUUCUGAAACUUGCAUUUCAAAAUAUGAGCCAUUCAAUCUAUUGCUUCAAAAAUACUCUAAUUGUAUGAUUGAAAGAAUAUUAAAAAAAGAUUUGCAUUUAAACUUACCUACCCUAUAAACCAUUAUAGAUCCAAACCUAUUCUAAAAAUGUAGAUAACGUCUUGCUGAUUAAUGCGUAUUGCUAUCUCCUGAAUGCCCUUAGCAAUUAAUUAAAGAAUUUGAAUGCGCAUAAAGUUGUUUACCUCCUGAUCACUAUAAAAUGAUUGAAUUUUGCCUUACUAGAGUGUGUAAACCAGAAUUAGUUGGCUUAUAAAUUUUAAAUUAAGAUUAUGUUGAAUGUCUUUCAAGUCAAUAUUAAGGUUAAACUAACCCAUAACCAAGUUAAUAAGUUAUAAGAAGUACAAGUGAAAUGCUUAUUGUAUCUUUACUACUUUUAAUAAUAUCUACAAUUAUGUAUUGA